CUGUAGUUGCUGUUUUGUUGGCGAAAAUGAAAUCGGUUGUUGCUCUCCUGUGUCUGGUGGCUGUCGCAGCCGCCGCACCUCGCUCGGUGCAAACGAAGUAUGGUUUCCCUAGUGGACGUGUUGUUGGUGGUGUCGAUGCGCUGCCGGGUGAGUUCCCAUCGAUUGUGUCGAUCCAGCGUGUGAUCCUCGUCCUAAAUACACACAUUUGCGGAGGAAGCAUCCUGAGCAACUUCUGGAUCCUGACCGCUGCUCACUGCAUUACCGAAAACCCUCCAACGGCUAACUUCCAGAUUUGGGCCGGUACCCACAAUACUGCCAUUGAAGAGCCUUCGCGUCAGGUGAUCAACGUCGCAAGCAGCAUUGUGCAUCCGGACUACCUGGGAGGCGUUAACCCUACCGAUAUCGCUGUUAUGCGUCUGGUUUCACCUCUUACCUACACUGACCGCGUCCAACCGACCGUUCUACCGACGCCCGGAAGCAACCCAACCGGUCCAGCAACCCUCGCUGGCUGGGGUUCGACCGGUGGAACGCUCCCAACUCUGCCCAACAUUCUGCAGAAAGUUACGAAGCCACUGAUUACCUACGCCGAGUGUGAAGGCGCCGCCGGUAUCGACUCUCCGCUUGGUCCGACCAACAUUUGCACUGGUCCGCUGACCGGUGGAGUGUCCGCUUGCUCCGGCGACUCUGGUGGCCCACUGUACUCGACCCAGACCGGACAGCAGGUGCAGAUCGGUAUCGUUUCGUGGGGCUGGAUCCCGUGCGGAACCAUCGGUUUCCCGUCGGUCUAUGUCGGUGUGUCACACUACAUCGACUGGAUCCAGAACAACACCAACUAAAACGGAUCACUAGUGCAUAACAA